AUGCCUAACCAAGCCCUUGAAAUCAAUGGUUUCACCAAUACGGUGACUACCGACAACCACAUCACCACUCGUGGAAGCGACUGGUACUUCACUGUUACCGCCGUCUUCGGUGCAGCUACCCUUGCCAUCUGGGCUUUAUCAUUUACCAAGACCCGUUCUCAACGACUCUUUCACUAUAUCACAGCUGCUCUUACCCUUGUCUCUUCCAUCGCUUACUUCUCGGAGGGAUCGAACCUGGGAUGGACUGCAAUUGAGGUUGAGUUCUCCCGCAGCUGGCCCAAAGUCGCGGGUGACAUGCGCCAAAUCUUCUAUGUUCGCUACAUCGACUAUUUCAUCACCACUCCUCUCUUGUUGGCUGAUCUCCUGCUGACCGCCGGCCUCCCCACACCAACUAUCUGGUACACCAUUCUGAUCAACCAAGUCUUUGUUGUCACCCGUCUUGUUGGUGCUUUGGUCAAGUCAACAUAUAAGUGGGGUUUCUUCACAUUCGGUGUUGUCUCGUUCUUCUUUGUCGCGUACACCAUCAUUUAUGAAGGCCGUGCUUAUGCUCGUACUCUCGGUGCUGAUGUCUUCCGUCUGUACAACAUCCUUGCCAUCUGGACUGUUUCUAUCACUCUCGUCUAUCCCAUCAUCUGGGGUGUUGCCGAGGGUGGGAACGUAAUUCCAGCUGACUCCGAGGCUGUCGCAUAUGGUGUCCUCGAUCUUGCCUCUAAAGUCGUCUUCGCCGCCGUCCUCCUCUGGGGUCACCGCAACAUUGACAUCGAGCGUCUUGGGAUCCACAUCCGUGAUGCGGAGCAGCUCCCUGUCGCACCCGUUGUGCCCGAGAAGAAGGCUGAGGCUGACGCCGCCGCCGGCGUCACGGCUCCUCCGGCUCACUCUGUUGAGCCCGAGACCGUCUAA